UUUGCAACUCCCCGGAUGGAGGAAGUGGGUCAAAGUCUCCGAGGGCGUGAAAACACGCCCUACAUCCUUGUCCCCACAUAAAUGUGGGUCCGUAUACUAUCUACACAGUUCGUAUAUGCGUUGGUUCUAUGUGACCUCGUAACAACGAUAUCCUGAGUUGUAGUCAAAUCCUGCCAUCUUGGCGUCGGAUGACGAGCUAUAAAUAUGUUUAGCUGCAAUAUGGGGGAGCGUUCAUCUUUCUCAAGUGUACAGCUCCAAAGCAUCCCUGAUCACUACUAUCGCACAUCAUGGCUCCCUCCGCCAUUGAGUCACAGAAUGCCCCUGCUUUCCCCGAGAAACAGGCCGGCCAGCCUCUCGAUGCCUCCAAACUGAUCUACACCUAUACUACCAAUCCUCGCGAUGUUCCCGACGAAGCAACGGCCAACUCCGGCGACGAAACCAUCUGCACUGACCACAUGGUCGUCGCAACCUGGAAAGUCUCCACAGGCUGGUCAACCCCGGAAUUAAAACCCUACGGUCCAUUGAAUCUCAUGCCCACAGCCUCCUGCUUACACUACGCUACGGAGUGCUUCGAGGGACUUAAGGUAUACCGCGGCUAUGACGGUAAGCUCCGAGUCUUCCGCCCAGAUCGCAACGCCGCCCGCUUGAAUAUGUCCGCUAGUCGUAUCUCCCUACCACAAGCCGACCCCGACGAGAUAACAAAGCUUAUCCAUGCCCUCCUCGAGGUUGAUGGCGCUAAAUGGCUCCCCAAGGAGAGAGCCGGGAGCUUUUUGUAUCUGAGACCAACACUCAUCGGCACCCAGCCGACCAUCGGUCUCGUGAAGUCCAAGCAGGCGAUCUUGUAUAUUAUCUUGAGCUAUAUGCCUCAACAAGACACGCCACCUGGUGGAAUGAGACUUCUGACUUCACCAGAGGACAUGGUGCGUUCUUGGGUGGGUGGAUUCGGCUACGCCAAGGUUGGUGCGAAUUAUGGACCGUCAGUGCUCGCUACGCAAGACGCCAUGCAACGCGGCUUUCACCAGAUCCUCUGGCUAUAUGGCGAUCAGGGCGAGUGCACAGAGGCGGGCGGUAGUAAUUUCUUUGUGGUCUGGCGCCGCAAGGAUGGCAAGAAGGAGAUCAUCACUGCGCCCUUAGAUGACCGUCUCAUUCUGGAUGGCGUUACCCGUCGCAGCUGCUUGCACCUGGCAAAGGAAAGACUAAGUGACGAGUUUGAAGUCACCGAGCGCAAGUACACCAUCAGUGAGCUAAUCGAGGCCGAGGCGGAAGGUCGACUGCUGGAGUCGUUUGCUGCGGGCACAGCGUGGUUCAUUACCCCUAUCUCAGCGAUUCAGCACCGAGAACAUGGCAUCGCUAUCCCUACGGGACCCGAUGGUGGACCCGGUGAGGUUACUGGUAAGAUCAAGGGCUGGUUGAGCGACAUUAUGUAUGGGCGGACAGAGCAUGAAUGGGGGGUUGUGGUGUCUGAGAGGCAAUAGGCUAUGGGACGAUGCUUCCUUAUCAUAUAACGAACAUAAGAUGAGUCACGCAUAAUUUAGGAUGCACUUUUCGUAAGGAUAGUAUAGUAACCAUCAAGAGUAGAGUCCACAUGAAGCCCUGACCCAAUGCGGUUAGCGGUCAUGUGCGGCCUCAGGCAACGUAGGAAGCUUGGCUUCGGCGACAUGUGAAAGUCGAAAUCUCCGCCUUGCUCA